AUGGGUAACAAGGCCAAAGGAGUGAAGCGUUCUGCAGACAAAUACAACAAUAAGUCUUCUAAGAAGGCAAAGGUAGCUGAAAAACUUCCUUCACCUUCUUCCGAGAGCGAACGUUCAGAAGAUCGAAUUGAUGAAAGUGACGCAGAAUCCAGUUCUGGAGACGAUUUGGAUAUCAGUGAGGACGAAGAUGAAUUAGAUGACUUGGAUGAUGAAGAUGUGAAAGAAGAUAACGACGAAGAGGAGCAAGAAGAAGAAGAGGAAGAGGACCAAGAAAAUGGAAAUAAUGACAACAUCGAUCCAAACAAAAAAUCAUCAAAAGAACAACAUUCAGAACAGAAAAAGGUAUUGAAUGAACGUAAAUUACAGAGAAAAGCAGGUAUUCAAGUACAGAAAAUUAAAAGUUUAUGGGAAAAGUUGAGAGUCACCAAACCAGCUCCAACCAAAGCACAGCGUGAUAAAUUAUGUGAUGAAGUUUGGGAGUUAUCUCAUGAUGUAAUCAAUGAUCUUGUUAUGAAACAUGAUGCUUCUCGUGUUGUUCAAACUUUAGUGAAAUAUUCUAGUAAAGAAAGAAGAGAUAUUAUAGUGAAUUCAUUGAAAGGAUCUUUUUAUCAAUUGGCAACUUCUGCAUAUGGGAAGUAUUUGUUGAUUAAGCUUUUGCAUUAUGGUUCUAAAGAAUCUAGAGCUAUUAUCGUUGAUGAAUUACAUGGUAAAUUGCGUAAAUUGAUGAGACACAAAGAAGGUGCUUAUGUUGUUGAAGAUUUGUAUGUGCUUUACUCGACUUCUGAACAAAGACAGCAAAUGAUUAGAGAAUUCUGGGGAUCACAGUAUGCUGUUUUCCGAGACUCUGGUAAGGGGAAAACCGUUUUAGAUAUUACUAGAGAGCUGGCUGAAAAGAAACAAUUGAUUAUGAGUAAUUUAUAUGGUACCAUUAAAGCCUCAGUUGAAAAGGGCUCUACCGGAUUUCAAAUUUUGCAUGCUGCCAUGAAAGAAUAUGUCACUGUAUUGAAAGAUGAUAUUGACGCUAACGAUUCUGCUAUUCGUGAUUUUAUUGAUUUACUUGGUGAACAAUUUGCAGAGUUAGUUCAUACCCAAGAAGGUUCUGAUGUUGCUUGUAAUUUAAUUGCCCUUGCUAACGCUAAAGAACGUAAGGUAAUUAUCAGAGGUUUGAAAACCCAUACUAAUGAAUUGAUCAAAAAUGAAUAUGGUAAUAUCGUUUUAAUUACAUUGUUCAUGACUGUUGAUGAUACUGUUUUAAUUUCUAAAUCUUUUGGUGCAGAAAUAUUCACUUCUGAGUUAGUCCCCGAGUUAAUUCAAGACAAAUUUUCAAGAAGACCAAUAUUAUACUUAUUGAAAGGUUUAGAUGGCAAAUAUUUUGCUCCUAAUGUGAAGAAUGCGUUAUUAGGAUAUGAAGAAUUGGCUUAUAAAAAAACUUCCAAAAAGGAUAAACAGCAGAGAAAAUCAGAACUCUUGGAAAGAUCAAUACUGCCAAUUUACAAGGCAUUAUUGGAUGAAGAAUCUAUAAUCAAAUUAUUGCAAGUAAACAUUGCUGCUCAAGUAAUCACUGAAUUAAUCCUCACAUCAACCAACGUCGAGGACGUUAAUAAAAACUUGAGACCUCAGUUGGUUGAUACAAUUUUCCAAAAAACAAUCUGUGGAGAUGUGCUUGAAGAUUACCAUUUACUCAAUAAAGUCCCAUUUGUUUCAAGAUUGGUGAAAUCUUUAAUUCAAGGUAACGAAUUCAAGUUCGACAAUGAGUCUAAGAAAUUGGUGAAAACUGGUCAAGCAGCAUCUCCUGGCAUUGGCAGCGAGUUUGCAGAAAGGGUAGCUGAUGAAAUCAAUGUCGAAGAUUGGGUUUCUGGACAACCAGCUUUUGUUCUAGUAUCUGUUAUAGAAGUUUUGCAAUUGGAAAAAUCCCCAAAGGCUGAAAAGUUGAAAAAAGCUAUAAAGAAAUUAUCUUUGUCCAGCGAUGACAAAGGAGCAAAACUUUUAAAAAAUAUUAUUUAG